CGGGGGCGGGCAUCGACGCCGGAGCCUGGGACGGACGUGGGGGGGGAAUAAAAGAGGGAGAGCUGGAGACUGACGCAAGCACACACGUUAAUAUAUAUAUCUAUCUAUAUAUAGACAGGGGGGUGGGACAAGAGAGAAAGAGCGAGAGCUUCAGGAGCACCGGACCGUCUGGGCAGCGUGGAGCAGAGCGGAGCGCCUGAGCGAGACUCAUUCUUCAAUGAGUAAGCACAUCCCUCAGUUCUGUGGUGUUCUAGGUCGCACAUUUAUGGAGUUUCUGAAGGGCAGUGGAGACUACUGCCAGGCACAGCACGACGUCUAUGCAGACAAGUGAACUGUAAAAGUCUAUUGCUAUUCCACUUAAGAAACCCCUCGAGAGCAGGUUACCAGCAGCUGGGCAUAAUAGACGAAUUGAUUCAUCGAAGACCGUAUCUGGAUGGGGUAACCAAGUGGGCUGUUUUUUGUUGGUCACAGUAUUACUGGAUUGAAGAUUUGCUGCUUGUCAAGAGCUUCAUCAAAAGCCUUUGUACAUGUAAACACUCUGUUGUUGGUGGAAUUUGACAAAACCGGACCUUUUAUUUUCAGCUUUUGCGGGACAGUUCUUUUUCACUUUAUAGGAUUUGUGCAUUUUUAUAAGAAAAUGGCUCGAAUGAAUCGUCCAGCGCCUGUGGAAAUUACUUACAAGAACAUGAGAUUCCUGAUCACACACAACCCUACCAAUGCAACCUUAAAUAAGUUCAUAGAGGAGUUGAAGAAGUAUAGUGUCACUACAGUAGUUAGAGUGUGUGAAGCAACCUAUGACACAUCUCCAGUUGAAAAAGAAGGCAUUCAGUUUUUGGACUGGCCGUUUGAUGAUGGUGCUCCACCUUCCAACCAGAUAGUGGAUGAUUGGCUAACUCUUUUGAGAGCCAAGUUCCGAGAAGAGCCUGGCUGUUGCAUUGCAGUCCAUUGUGUGGCUGGACUUGGGCGAGCCCCAGUUCUGGUAGCCUUGGCGCUGAUUGAAUGUGGAAUGAAGUACGAAGAUGCUGUUCAGUUCAUUCGACAAAAGAGACGCGGAGCUUUCAAUAGCAAGCAGCUCCUGUACCUGGAGAAGUACCGUCCCAAAAUGCGUCUGCGCUUUAAAGAUACCAAUGGUCAUCGGAAUAAUUGCUGCAUCCAGUAAUGUCGGAAGAUUGAUCACUUAAUUCGUCUGAAGGCAGAGGAGAUAGCCAACUAAGGCAGUUCAGCUGGGAAACAUAAAAUUUUAGAUGUGCUUGUAAUGUAAACUGGUGCUUCCGUAGGGGUUUGGAGAUGGAGAUGGUGUUUUGUUUUAAAACCUGAGAUUCUCUUGCCUUCAGAUUCACUUCUUUUUGUGAGCUAAAAAGUUGCUGCUGUAUGUUUCUAAACUAGAAUAAGAGGGUCCCUCCCCAAUUGGUUUGAGUUUAGAUUCUUGGCUCUUAGACAGUUAAAAUGGAUGUGAAAUACAGCAUGAGUAUACAAUACAGGGCACUGUUGGUGUUUACAGAUGCAAAGUAAAGAUAUACAACGGCUAAAUUAAGCACUAAACUGCUGCCAGAAUUUUUUUAAACCAGGAUCCCUAUGUGAGAGAAGAAGCUGGAAUCUUGUGAACGGUUAAUCAUUAACACUUUUUUUUUUUUGCCUACACCACGCUGACCCCCCCCCCCCCCCGCCCCGGACUUUUCCCAGCUUCCUGUCCUGAGUCACUUCAUGAAUUGUAAAACUACCUUCAGCUUUUCGAUAUCUCAUUGAAAGUUUGCCUGGAUGGGACAAUGCUACAUGAAUGUUGUGCCCAGCUCCUUCGGAUGAGUGUCCUGCACGCUAGUGUCAAAGAUUUAUCUCAGCUGGCUGCUCACUGUACACUUCGACACUGUUUACACGCCCUCCCACAGUCGCACUAGAACUAAUUUCUGCACAGCAGUACUAUGCCUAGGUUUCUUUUUUAAACUUAUCACUGACUAAAGUCUUAAUAGUACUUUUGAAUGCCCUCUGUUCUGAUGUAUAUUGCAUUUUUGACAAGGCUUGCAAUGCAUUUAAUAAUUUUGUUACAAAUCAUGUGACAUACCAUUAAUUUCAUACCCCACUGCCCCUACUAUGCAGUCUUUAGUGUCCAAAAGGACAUAUCAGUUCAUUUGACUGUGCACAUUGUAACACUCAAAGCAUACCGAAGCACGCUUGGGUUUAAUUUUCAAAAUAAAGCCUUACAAGGAACACUGGCACUCCACAAUUGAUCUUUAGGGAGGGGUUGAAACAAGGAUUGGGGAAUGGGGGAUAUUAAAUAUUAGUAUGUUGCCUUUUUGUCUUGUGCAGAAAAUGUAUAUUGGGGUUUGCCCAUUACAUACCAAGUAAUUUUUUAAAGUAGAAAUGCUUUGUUGUAGCUAAAUUCAUACUGUACAGUAACUUUCUGAAACUUGUAAUCUUUCUUUUGAUGUACUAUUGGAGGUUUACCAACUUGUCAGAAGCGUGAUUUUUGAGUUUCUGCUUAAACUAUGCAGACCCUGAUGUCUGUAAUAUUUUGUAUGCCUUUUGAUUGCAUAAGUUAAUACUUGGAUACUUGAUCAUUUAAUUAUGUAAUUUGAUGCAAUGUUGUAUUAAUGUUAGAUAAACCAUAUUUAUACUGUCUUGGGAACGUGUGGUAUAGUUCUGUGGGAGAAGUAAUUUGCCAGUAUUCACCAGCUUGUUUAAAAUCUAGUGCGAGAGCUUGUCAUCUGAAAUAAAAAGUGGAAGAGAAA